CUUUUUGUAUAAAUUCAUUUCCGCGUCUUCUGGCGGCCCUUUCCUGUCCACGGCCUGUUGGAAGAUGGCGGUGCAAAUCUCCAAGAAGAGGAAGGUUAGCAUCAUUUCAUCUUUUUUGUUCAGAUAGAUUUCUUGUUUUUGUGUAAAUGGGGUAGCGAGGGUGUAGAAAUGACAAUUUCGUGUCCGCUGGGCUAUUUGUUGAGGAUGUUCACCUACGAGAUGAAGAGGAUUACGACAGAUGCUGCCGGACCCGAGUUCUCCUCAUUUGGCUCGUCUAACAUGGCUCUGACUCCGUAGCCCGGCGUGAGCUAGAAACCGGGACUUCGAGACGUGACCCCGGACUCUGUUAAAACUGAUAUUCGACUUUCGUUUGAGGUUGUGCCAGCGGACCUGAAAUGUUAUUCGAGAAGCUCCCCAUCAAUUCUGUAUUUAUCUUACUGCGUGUUGGAUGUGCUAAGGCUGCUGUAAUUGAGCCUGCAGGUAUCUGAAGGUUUAGUUACUAACAUCACAUUUCGAGUCUUAAAAAAAUACUAGGUUGAUUGUAGUUGCUGCUGAAAACAGUAUACGAACACAGGUAGCUGCUAACGACUGUCACGUGGAUUGCACUGCGAAGUAGUUUUGGUACUGUCCACCAUAGUUGGGUCAAGUUGACUUAGUCAGCUGAUUCAUACUGCACAUGCUGAACAAAGUCAAGCUGGUGCUUAUUACACAUGGUCAAUUAGGACCAACAGACAACACCUAAGUAAGCAUCUUAUUCAUAGCUUCCAAUCGAGCUGAUACAGAAAAGGUUGUGGAAACAAGGUCCUGAUCCAAAACCACUAUGGUUAGACCUAUCAGAUGAAGACGAAUAUUAACGGAAAGUCCCAGACUUCUAAAAACUGUUUCAGAAUCACGAACAUUGAAUUAUGAGUGAAAAUGCUGGAAUUUCAUAGCUUCUUUCUCAGGGCAGAUGGAUUUUGUUGGUCCAGGUUCUGAUCUAGAACCAUAGCAACUAGACCUGGUUUCAGUUCCUGCUGUAUUUUUAAAGUCAUAUGGUUUUCUAGGAUUUUAUGGUUAAGAUCUAAGAGGUCUAAGAUCAUGAAGAUAUUCAACAUACUCAGAUGGCUUCACUUACCCUGACAAAGGAGAUUACAAUCUGUGACCCCACAGAGCUGAUAGUCAGCUUGUCCAACUCUGUUACUCUGAGUGAGCACAUUCAAAUCAACAUGCUAUGAUAAAGAAAGAAGAUUCGUUGAGACACGGACCAGUUUGCCCUCAGCAGAUAAUAAUUUUUUAAACAUGGCAAACAGCGACGUCUGUGACAAAUGACAAAUAUGAACAUGGAACCUUGAAUCAAAGCAAUAGAGCUGUUUGUGAAAUGAAGAUGUAAAUGUCAGAUUAGAGAAAUGUGUAAUGAAAGACUUGCAGGAUAAUUUUCUCAUCAUGACUUCAGUAAAGACUCGACUACAUUGACUCCUGUCUGUGUGUAAAAUUGAUGCAUAGCUUUGGUUUUUGUAAUUUUACUUGACUGUAAGAUGUGACAUUGUAGCUGCCGUCCUGACUGCAUCAAAGGGAGGGACAUAAACCAUACGCUCACAGUUAUAAGUGGACGUAUCAGAAGAAUGCUGAUCGUCUGACUCUCCUUCCUCAGUUCGUCUCAGACGGUAUCUUCAAGGCUGAGCUGAACGAGUUCCUGACUCGUGAGCUUGCCGAGGAUGGUUACUCCGGUGUGGAGGUGCGUGUGACUCCAACCAGGACUGAAAUCAUCAUCCUGGCCACAAGGUAAGAGCCCAGGCUUCAUCAUGAUCACACGCAAGUUCUCUUCUUUGAUGGACCACCACCAAGACCAGAAGUUGUCUAAGGCUGGACUGCUUUGUUAAGUAUCACAAUAAAAACGAAUGGCAGGUGAUACAUCUUCAGAAUGUUUCCUUUCAAUGAUGAUACGAUGACGAGACAGAACAGGGCUUUGUCUGAUCCUGAGAGUUACUGGUUCAGGUCCACGUUCUGUGGUUCUGCUCCAGUUCCUUAGAUCAGCAGGUCUUUUCAGAUGAAGACACAGAGGCAUUUGUCUGAGAAAGGUGAAAGAAUCAUGAGCUGGUUCUUUUCCACAAGCUGACUCCUUUCACUUGUGAAACUUUUCCAUCGACUCUGACUCUCAGUGAUGAUGUUUUUGUAAAGUUAUAAAGUUGAACUCUGUCUUUCACUGUCUGCAGAACCCAGAAUGUCCUUGGAGAGAAGGGCCGCAGAAUCAGAGAGCUGACCGCUGUGGUCCAGAAGAGGUUCGGCUUCCCUGAGGGCAGCGUUGAGGUAAAGUGAAUACUUGUUAAAAGUCAGACUUCUUCCAUCACUGCUGGAGUUGGACAGAUGACACUUUUAAAAAAAAUUUUCAAACUUUGAUCUUUCAGAUGUCCUUUCUCCUGCUGUGUUAGAAAGUAUCACACCCUUCUUUCUGAUGUUAGAAUGAAAAGUUACACCACAGAAGCUUCAGACUCUUGGUUUCCCUGCAUUCAGUCUCUUGGUUUUUUGUCAGAAGUUUGACUGAGCUUUUUCUCUUUGUAAGCUGUAUGCUGAGAAAGUUGCCACUCGUGGUCUGUGUGCCAUCGCCCAGGCAGAGUCUCUGCGCUACAAGCUGCUGGGAGGUCUGGCUGUGCGCAGGUGAGUCCCCAUCAGCUACAAACCAACAGAAAGGCUUUCUACUACUGGCUAUCAUUGUACCUGUCCCUAGACUUCAUGUGUGGUGUCCGGCCCUAUUGAAUCUGAACUCAAAACGUGAAGCUUACUUAUGCAGUCUGUUUACUCCUGGGCUCAGGUUUAAAGAGGUUCCCCCACCAUAGAAAAAUACUGCUGUGCAGAUCACUGUAGCUCCUCCAGAUAUGCUCAAUCUGGCUCUUUUUGGGGUCUUUUCAAAACCUGACCUGAUUCAGUUACCUGAGCUGCAUCUUCUGGCAUUAAGAUGAGUUUGAGGGCAAGCUUGCAUCUGAUGUUUGCAUGCUGACUUCUUAUUCAUCCUUCUGGAAAGUUUAUAGGAAGUAUCUGAACCUUAUUUUGUUCCCAUCUUGGUCUUAUUGGGUCACAUCUUUCCUUUUUACUGCUCAAGUAUGACUUUAGGAGGGUUACAUAUUUUUGUGAUCAUCAGAAGAAUUUAGGGAAACUACGAAGUCAUUCAAUCCACCGACAAACACCCACAGGUAAGGUCGCAUGUGAAGCAGCAAUGUAUUUCUGGUGCGAGGAUGAUUUUCGUGACCCUGUCUGAAUCAUCAAGCUGAGGGCAUGUUGGAGGCUAGUCUGCCUCGGUGAGCUUGUGUUGCUCUCAUAACUCUUUGUUCAGGGUCUUAGUUUCUGUCCCUUCAGUGAUGAUACGAUGACGAGUCGGAACAGGACUCCUUCUGGUUCUGGCGGUUCCUGUUUCAGAUCCACGUUCUGUGGUUCUGCUUCAGUUCCUCAGAUCAGGGAGUCUUAUUUGGUUGAAGACAUUGAGGCAUUUGUCUGAGAAGGGUUAAAGCAGCACCGUCUUUCCUGUUUGUAAAUUAACUGAGAAAAGUGAAUGUUUGCUUUUCCAAGAUAUUCCAAAAAUGAAGUAAAAUUUAUUCCAGUUUGAAAGUCUGCAGACGGACCAUUCACGGAAAUGGAUUGGUUCUGUCUAUAUGGUUGAAUAUUGACACCUCUGUCCCCCUCCCUCCUUUAGGGCUUGUUAUGGUGUUCUGAGGUUCAUCAUGGAGAGCGGCGCCAAGGGUUGUGAGGUUGUUGUGUCUGGCAAGCUGAGGGGUCAGAGAGCAAAGUCCAUGAAGUUUGUGGACGGCCUGAUGAUUCACAGUGGAGACCCCGUCAACUACUACGUCGACACAGCAGUCCGUCAUGUGCUGCUCAGGCAGGGUGAGUACAGCUCUGCCUUAGAUACAGCAACACAUCUCAUUAUUUUUACGUGUGCCAGUUGUAUCACUGUUAAUGUCAGAGUUUGGUCAUUUAUCAAGCAGAACCAAAGUAGUAAAGCAUGUAAUAAACAAUCUCCUAAAUAUAACUCUGAUCUCUUUGAUCAUACUCAGUCCCCGGAUUGUCGCCUGUCUCGUUUGUGGAGCCAGAAAGAUGUCAAAUUAGAACUGUACCCACCUCAACUGGGCAGCCUUAAGAAAUGGGUUUAGCUGCAAAACAGUUUUUUUUUUUUGACUUAGACUUUUAAUCAUUACUGUUGUUUAUUCUAAGUUAGAUAUUUGAGGGUGCCUUUUAAGCAUCCAACUUUUAUUAAGUGUGGGUCGUGGGGAUUUCGAGCCAAAAUUUUAGACAAUUGUAAGGUCGUCUGCUUAGUUUUGAUUGAUCCCCAUGCCUGCACUGUCAUACCCUGAUUAUGCCAAAUGAUGUUGGAUGGUCUUUAAUGCUUGUCUUUGUUCUGCACUCGGGUCUGAUUUGCGAUUAAUAUUGAUUAUUGGUCAACUUCAGGUGUGCUUGGCAUCAAGGUAAAGAUCAUGCUGCCCUGGGACCCUAGCGGUAAGAUUGGCCCUAAGAAGCCCCUGCCUGACCAUGUCAGCAUUGUGGAGCCCAAGGAGGAGCAGCUGCCCACCACACCGAUUUCUGAGCAGAAGGGGGCCAAGCCAGAGGUUCCUGUUAUGCCCCAGGGAACACCUGUACCCACCGCAUAAGAGGGUAAGAUACAGCAGGUCGCCAUCAUCCCUGGGAGAGAUUCACGGUUUAUUACCAUUACUUUUCUCAGAGAGCUUUCAUACUUACCUUUUUUGAUCCAGACUUACUGACUUUUCUGUUUGGUCUGAACCAAAAUGAUAGGUGUGAAACCUCCCCAGGACCUUGGUCCAGGCCAAACAGUUUGUUCCAACCAAAAGAGAACCAUGGUCUGGUUCAUGCCCUGUUUGAGAGCAUUAUUUUGAAAGGUUCAGAGCUUUGUACCAAAGACAGGAAAUGACGUGAGGAGUAGAAGUUUUUGUCAUUAUGGAGAAGAGAUUGUCCAAGAGCAGGAUUUUUUUUGAUAUUGUCGAUAAAGUUAGACCUCACGACUGAGAGCUUGUCUUUUCAAGAGUUUGACAACACAGACUUUCUCUCCAGAGUUGGUUUUGCAGUGGCUCGUAGGACCCAUACUUUCCUUUUCUUUCCUGUCAAUAAAGUUGUUGUCUAAUGAUCGAAUUCAUAAGACGAACUCACGUACAGCUCUUCAAGUUGUUGCUGUUUAGUAAAUAAUAUGAUGGUGGGAAUGAUGAUUUCAUUCAUGUUUACAACAUUCAAGACCUGCACGUCAACGUGUUGAUGUCAGACGGACAAAUGACCACUCGGUGUAAACUACAGAGACAUGCAAAACACGUUAGUCCAUUUGCAGUAAUGACAUUGUGAAACCUAAAUAGACUGAACCAAAUGUAAACAAUCAAACAAAAACAUGGACCUUUGUCCAGUACUUGGUCUUGGACUUUUAAAUGUGAAAAGACCCUUUAGAAACGAUUGAGGUUGUCCUCUCCCUCUGUGCUGUGGGGUCCUUUUUUGCUUCAGUGUUGUCCUUCAGAGGUUUGGUUCCUUCUUUGAUAUAGUCCUUCACCAAGGAGAGAGGAGGGAACCGAUGUUUGUAUCAGCAUUGGCCCCACUCAGAUUUGCAGUAAGCCAAGAAAGUAAAACCAUCUGCUGGGUUUGAAAAAGGUCACAAGACCAGCGUCUGGUUUCAAGAGUGGAAAAACGGAAAACUACAUGGAAGUAUAAGGAUUAUAAACAAUUCAAGGCCUCACUUUCUGUCCCUUCAGUGAUGAUACGAUGACGAGUCGGAACAGGACUCCUUCUGGUUCUGGCGGUUCCUGUUUCAGAUCCACGUUCUGUGGUUCUGCUUCAGUUCCUCAGAUCAGGGAGUCUUAUUUGGUUGAAGACAUUGAGGCAUUUGUCUGAGAAGGGGUUAAAGCAGUAAGAAAGGUGUUACCUGUUUGUGAAAUAACUGUAAAAUUCAGUGGUCACACUCGGCUUUUUCAGUUUGUGAUCCUAAGAUACAAAUGAAGUUACAAUAACAUCUGUGGGAGGAAUCAGAGUCACGUACAUCCAUCAUGAAUCGUUUUUGUGACAGAGAAAACAAAAGUUAUCUUGGACUUUGAGCAGGGGCCUAUUCUACGAAGCAGCAUUACUGCUUAGCGAGGUAACUUCGAGGGUAAGUUCGGGUUUACUGUUCUAAGACAGGGUUCACUUCUUAGCGAGGCGAGUCUCCAUGGCAACGUAUGCCGAACGGCUAACCUGCUCCGGGGCAGGUUUGGUUCCAGAUUGAACUCUGAGUAUAAAAAACCCCGCCCACUGACCAAUUAGCUCUCUCAAUAAUGGCUUGUUCGUUCUUGGAGGAUCCUAUAGACCUCGGUGCUCGCAUUGUCUGAGGAGUUUUCAGGGACCGCACAUACCCACUUAUUUUUCCAGAUGACCACCUUUUGUGAAAGGCUCAUGGCCUACGUGUCACACAAAAAAUGUAAACACGAUAGAAAUGAACAAAUGAAUGAAUUCAUCUUGGAAAUGAAUUACACAUGUCUGGUGCAUGUUAAAAGCACAUGUUGAACAGUGCUAUUUCAGGGUAAUAAUGGCAUCAAACAUUUUUUGCGCACUGUUCUUCCGCAUUGAGACUGUUGGCAAUUUUCUGCCAGCAUUCCUUCUGUGCUUUUGCAGCGAUGACGGUGUUGCUUUUGAGGUUUAUGAUAGAUUUGAAUUCUUCAUACUUUCUCAUGAUCGUCUCCUGCUCCUCGUUUGUAAAGUACGCGGUCCUUGGCUCUCCGGCCUGCUCUGACGCUCAAGACUGGUCCAUGUUCGCGAUUGGUCAGAUGCGGCAGGCUCCGCCUUACAUGCGUGAACGCGCUCAUAGCAGAGCUGGAUCAACUUACAAGGUUGAUAACCAGCGUUGUAAGACUGUAUAGCGAGACUGCUGGCUACCGCGCUAAGUUAAGCAAGUUGGCUCCAAGGCUACCUCGCUUGGUUGAACUUGCUUCGUAGAAUAGACCCCAGAUGUCUCAUUUGUUUUCUUUUUUUCACAGGUCUGCAGAGUGUCCUCCAGAUGGAAACGACCAUGAUUUUUGUGUACAAAAUCAAUAAAACAUAUUGAAAAUACACAAGGACAGUGUUGUAG